AUGAACCCUUCCAGCGCCGCUGCCGAGAUCGCCGAGCCGGUGCGCGACACCCGCCCCGCCCUCGUCCUCGCCGCGCCCGGCGUCGACAGCGCGGGGAAAGCUCCCGCCUUUGCGCGUCCCGGUCGUCCUCGUGCCGGAAAUUUUUCCAUCUUGGAAACGACGACGCCCCCGAGCUCGCGCCUUUCCACGAGCUGCUUGCCGAUUACGGCGGCGGUGGGGCAGGACGACGCGGCCGCCAUCCUCUACUCGUCCGGCACGGGCGGGCGGAGCAAGGGCGCCGUGCUCACGCACCGCAACCUCAUCGCCACGGCGGAGCUGUUCGUGCGCUUCGAGACCUCCCGGUCCCCGCACGCCGGCGGCGGCGACGUCUACCUGGUGGCGCUGCCUAUGUUCCACGUCUACGGCCUCGCGCUCUUCGCCGUGGGGCUUCUGGGCCUGCCGCCCGGCUCCACGGUGGUAAUCAUGAGGAGGUUCGACGCCGGCGAGGCCGUGAAGGCCAUCCGCAGGUACGAGGUCACGCACUUCCCGCUCGUGCCGCCCAUCACGGCGGUGCUGGUGGCGGCGGCGGGCAAGGCCGCGGGUUCUCCUGCGGCGGCGUAG